AUGCCUUCCGCCGAGUCAUCUAACAUCGUGGGCGGCAACUUGGAAGCAAAGACCCGAUGCCGUGAGCCACUGGUGUAUUCUGGAUCGCUGGAGAGGUUUACCCAUGCAGACAUCACGCCCGUCAUCGGCCGCGAGUAUGAAGGUCUCCAGGUGACCGAACUGCUCUCGGCAGACGACGCCAUGAUCAGGGAUCUUGCAAGCAUCAUCUCACAACGUGGAGUUGUCUUCCUUCGUGACCAGGUUGUCACCCCUGAGCAGAUGAAGCAAUUUUGCCUCCGAUUGACAGAAGUUGCCGGAUGCCUGACGGGUCAUCCACAGCCCGAGUCAUCAGGCCUCCAUGUCCACCCUCUUACCGAGGAGGGCAGUGAGCUCGGUGACCAGAUCAGCGUUAUUAGCAGUGAGAAGCAGAAGAAGGGCGGUGGCCUCACUCAUCAACUCAGUGAUGUGAGCCGCUUUGCCAGUGCUGGUUGGCACACUGAUAUCUCUUUCGAACCCGUCCCUUCAGACUAUGCCAUGCUGAAGAUUCACACCCUUCCCGCAACGGGAGGCGACACUCUCUGGGCAUCAGGCUAUGAAAUCUACGACCGCUUGUCCCCCGACAUGCAAAAGUUCCUCGAGGGCCUGACAGCUACCCACGAUGCGAACUUCUUCCACGAUGAGGCCAGACGUCUCGGCAACCCGAUCCGAAAAGGCAUUCGAGGUUCGCCGCUGAACACUGGCGAGAACCUCCAGGCUAUUCACCCUGUGAUCCGAACCAAUCCUGUGACCGGCUGGAAGUCUGUCUACGUCAACAAGGGCUUCACCAAGCGCAUCAACGGCGUCACCAAGGACGAGUCUGACAUGCUUCUCAACUACCUCUUCAACCUGGUGACCCAGAACCACGACGCCCAGGUGCGGUUCAAGUGGCGCAAGAACGACAUGGCCAUCUGGGAUAACCGCAGCAUGUGGCACUGCGCCACCUACGACUACGCCGAAGCUCGAGCUGGAGACCGAGUCGCCUCGCUGGGCGAGGCACCUUACUUGGAUCUCUCCAGCAAGAGCAGACGCGAGGCGCUGGGCCUGUGA